ACUUCCCUACUGUUCUGUACAGAAGGCUCACUCCCCCACAGUUUGAUGUACAAGAACUUGAUUUCAUGUGAGUUGUUCAAAGAGAUUUAUUCUCCUUGUUUAAGAAGCCUGUAGAAGAAGAAAAACAAGAGCGCUUAAAAAUGUGGGACAGAAGAAAACUGUGUCUUGCUGCUAUCAUUGUCACAGCUGUCUGCCACAAAGGGACUGCAGAGUUUGUAAACCUACUGGACGCGAUGGAUGCAAACGUCGUAGAUGACCUGUACAAUGGAUGCCGCAACAAGGCCAUGGAGACGUUCAUCAAUUCAGGCCUGUUAAAACAAGAGCUAAACGACAGUAAGGGAUUCCAGAAAGCAUGGAGUGCAAAUAGUCAGUGUUCUGCGCUGAUCCCUGGAGGAAGAAAAGAGCACACUGCUGCACUUUCUGUCUAUCGUCACAGCGAUGAAGAGUUUUUGAACACCUUUGGCAAAGCAGUGGCGACAACGGGCGUAAAUGUGAGCAUCUAUGAAAGCGACUUCCAUUUCAAGUCUCUUCAUUUCCUGCUUAUGGAUUCCAUGACCCUGCUAAAUGAAAACAAGUGCAAGACUGUGCACUCGGUCCCAGAGAAACAAGUCACAGCAGUAAAAGGCUCAACAGUAAGACUUGGAAGUUUCACCUUGGUUACUUCAAACUAUGACUGGUUAAAAACCAAUACAGAUUUAGACGGGGCAAAGCUUUUAAAUAUCACAUCUUGCUUCUUUGCCAACCUGGGGGACCAUGUUUGCAGUACAGACAAGGAUGAGGUGCUUUUAUCUCCAGCUGAAGUUUUCACAGUGGAGGAAGUGGUGAAAAGACACACGUUGGAUGGUGACGAAUACACUGAGAUUGUUUUGAAAAGUUCAAAACUGGACAGCAAACACAACUGUCUCUCUUUCUCAAGGUCAGCAGCUGUCGUCUCCACCCAGUGGCUCGUGUCUGUGCUUGCGGCUUUAUUUUUCUUCCUUUAAUAGUUUCGCAAAAACAGUCAGCAUCUCCGUUGCCUCUGAAUGUUAUUACAAUGUAAAACACUGUUCUGUUUGUUCAUUUCAACUGUUGUUUUGCUGUAGUGUCUGCAAAAAUAUAUUCAUAACACAGCUGCCAUAUACUUUGACUUAUAGACUAAAGUCAUCUUUUUUUAAAUGCACGUAAGAAAAAUAUAUACUUUUUGGUUUCUUUUUUUCAUUUUGAGGCAUUGUACUUCUUUAGAAAACUGACAUAAAUGAGAGAUGGGAAAUGACCUGCAACAAAGAUUCCCAGCUGGACUCAAGUGGAAGUUUAUCGUUGGCACUUAAACAACUGUGGUCCAAAUGUAAAGCAGUUUCAGCCAAUAAUAUCAGACAGACGAGCUGAAACGUAGAUACACAUAAACAAAUAAACAGGUUGAACUCC